AUGCCCAACACGAGCCUACGGCGCCCGCAAAAGGGCUACCGCCGCGGCGGCAAGCAAGCCUACCACGGCCCCUCACGAACGACACGCACCUUCGCCGCCUCGGGCCGUAACGAGGCCACCUCGGCCGACGAGAAGUGGGAGCGCACCCGGCUGGCGCACCAAAUCGACGAGAAUAUGGGUUUCGCCCGCUACGAGGGCGGCAAGCGCAAGGAGGGCUGGCUCGUCAACGUGCAGCCCACCUCGGUCGAGGACGACCGGAACCCCAACGGGCGGGCGGCGCUCGACUGUUACUUUAUCGAGGACGACGGCGCGCACUUCAAGGCGACGGUCGAGUACGACCCCUACUUUUUGAUUGCCGUGAAGAAGGGCCGCGAGAGCGAGGUCGAGGAGUGGCUGAAGCGCGUGCCUGGCGACGGCGUCGUCAAGACGAUUAAGAGGGUGGACAAGGAGGAUUUGAAGAUGCCGAAUCAUCUGCUGGGGUACCGCCGCACGUUUCUGGAGCUGAGGUUUACGAAUGUGGCGGAUUUGAUGGCGGCGAGGAAGGAUAUCAUGCCUAUUGCGGCGAAGAACAGGAAGAAUGUGGAUGCUUUGGACACAUAUGCCGAGGUUUCAACGAUGAAUGGCGACUUUGACCUUUUUGACGAUUCACGAGAUGACGAUAGACGAACGAAUGCUUCUUUUGCCGACGCCAGCGACUUCAUUGUCGAUAUUAGAGAGUACGACGUGCCGUACCAUGUAAGAGUAAUGAUAGAUAUGGAUAUCCGGGUGGGAAAAUGGUACUUCAUCGACGUCAAGCACGGCGUCACAAAAGUCACAACCAAUGAGGACCGCCUGGCCAUGGCAGACCCGGUAGUCAUGGCCUACGAUAUCGAGACGACGAAACUGCCCCUCAAAUUCCCCGACGCCGCCAUCGACCAGGUCAUGAUGAUUUCGUACAUGAUUGACGGGCAGGGUUUCCUGAUCACGAACAGAGAAAUCAUCUCCGAGGAUAUUGGCGACUUUGACUACACCCCCAAGCCGGAAUACCCAGGACCCUUUAUGAUUUUCAACGAACCGGAUGAGAAGGCCGUGCUGGAGAGGUUCUUCCUACACAUCAAGGAGGCGAGACCGACAGUCAUUGCGACGUACAACGGUGACUUUUUCGAUUGGCCCUUUGUGGACGCCCGAGCUAGCAUCAACGGCAUCGACAUGUACCAGGAAAUUGGUUGGAAGAAGGACAGCGAGGACCAGUACAAGUGCAGCUACAGCGUGCACAUGGAUUGUUUCCACUGGGUGAAUCGUGACUCCUACCUGCCUCAGGGAUCCCGAGGUCUGAAAGCCGUCACCGUCGCCAAGCUCGGUUACGACCCCGAUGAGCUCGACCCCGAACUCAUGACGCCAUAUGCCCAGGAACGUCCCCAGACCCUGGCCGAGUACUCAGUGUCCGAUGCUGUAGCGACGUACUACCUGUACAUGAAAUACGUCCAUCCCUUCAUCUUCUCUCUCUGCACGAUUCUGCCGCUUGGUGGUGACGACACGUUGCGAAAGGGUACCGGUACCCUUUGCGAGAUGUUGUUGAUGGUGCAGGCCUACCAACAAGAGAUUGUGUUACCAAACAAGCAUGUGUCGCCAAGAGAAGCGUUCUACGAAGGACACUUGCUUGACUCAGAGACGUACGUCGGUGGCCACGUCGAAAGUAUUGAAGCAGGUGUCUUCCGCGCGGAUAUUCCCGUUAAUUUUGCGGUUGACACGGGUGCAGUCGAUGAGCUGUUGAACGAUUUAGACGCCGCGCUGAAAUUCAGUAUUACGGUGGAGGAAAAGAAGUCCAUGGACGAUAUUGAAAACUAUGACGAGAUCAGGGAGCAAAUCGCUUCUCGGUUACGCGCAUUGAAGGAGACACCGAACCGCAGCGAGCGACCCCUAAUCUACCAUCUCGACGUUGCGUCCAUGUACCCCAACAUCAUGACGACGAACCGUCUGCAACCGGACUCCAUGAUCCAAGAGUCGGACUGUGCGGCAUGCGACUUCAACCGCCCAGGCAAGACGUGCGAUAGACGCAUGCCGUGGGCGUGGAGAGGAGAGUACUUGCCGGCCAAGCGCGACGAGUACAACAUGAUCAGAAAUGCCCUGGAGAAUGAAAAGUUCCCCGGCAAGUGGCCGAAUUCGCCUCAGAGGACGUUUCAGGAUUUGUCUCCCGACGAGCAGACUGCUCUCCUGCGGAAGCGGUUGCAGAUCUUUUCGCAAAAGGUUUACCACAAGAUCCACGACUCGACGACGACUGUCAAGGAGGCCAUCAUCUGCCAGCGAGAGAAUCCGUUCUACAUCAACACCGUACGAGACUUCCGUGAUCGUCGAUACGAUUACAAGGGCAAGGCCAAGGUCUGGAAGGGCAAGACGGAGGCCCUUAAGUCCUCUGGCGCAACUUCCAGCGAAGUCGACGCUGCCAAGAAGAUGAUUAUUCUAUUCGACUCGCUGCAGCUUGCUCACAAGGUCAUUUUGAACUCCUUUUAUGGUUAUGUCAUGAGAAAGGGUUCCAGAUGGUAUUCCAUGGAAAUGGCUGGUGUUACGUGUCUGACGGGAGCGACGAUUAUUCAGCUGGCCAGGUCGCUCGUUGAGCGAUUGGGUCGUCCCUUGGAAUUGGAUACGGACGGUAUCUGGUGUAUGCUUCCCGCCACGUUUCCGGAAAACUUCGCCUUCAAGACCAAGGGAGGCAAGAAGGUCACCGUCUCGUACCCCUGUACCAUGUUGAACCAUUUGGUUCACGCAAAGUUCACCAACCACCAGUACCAGACGCUCACAGACCCCAAGACUCUCAAGUACGAGACGCACAGCGACAACUCCAUCUUCUUCGAAGUCGACGGCCCUUACAAGGCCAUGGUCUUGCCCACUUCCAAGGAGGAGGACAAGAAUUUGAAGAAGCGUUAUGCAGUCUUCAACGACGACGGCAGUUUGGCCGAGUUGAAGGGUUUCGAGGUGAAGCGCAGAGGCGAGCUGAAGCUUAUCAAGAUCUUCCAGCAGCAAAUCUUCAAGUUUUUCCUUGAAGGAGAAACUCUCGCCGAGUGCUAUGCUGCCGUUGCCAAGGUUGCCAACCAAUGGCUUGAUGUAUUGCACAGCAAGGGUGCAACGCUAGCGGACGAGGAACUCAUGGAGCUUAUUUCGGAGAACAGAAGCAUGUCCAAGACCUUGGAGGAGUACGGUUCGCAAAAGUCAACUUCAAUCACCACGGCGAAGCGUUUGGCAGACUUCUUGGGUGAACAGAUGGUCAAGGACAAGGGAUUGAAUUGCAAGUUCAUUAUCUGCGCCAGACCCAAGAACGCGCCCGUCACCGAGCGAGCCAUCCCGGUUGCCAUCUUCUCUGCUGAAGAGACAACGAAGCGUUUCUACCUCAAGAAGUGGCUCAAGGAGGAACCUGCGGACACCGACCCGAGAGCUCUAUUGGACUGGGACUACUACCUCGAGCGCCUGGGAUCCGUUAUCCAGAAGCUCAUCACCAUCCCUGCUGCGCUCCAGAAAGUCAGGAACCCGGUUCCUCGUGUGGCUCACCCCGACUGGCUGCAACGCCGGAUCAACAUCAAGGACGAUAAGAUGAAGCAGAAGAAGCUCACCGACCUUUUCACCAAGGGGCCACUGGAAGACAUCACCAACCGCAACGGUCGGUCCGCAACCGACAUGGAGGACUUCGGCACACAGCUACUCAAGCCAAAGCCCGUGACGUCUGUGGUGGCCGCUUCACAGCCUACUGCCCAGAAGAGAAAGUCUCCCGAAGCUGCUGAGAGCACUGAUCCCUUCGCCGCACUGCCCAAGGUGAUGCCCUCCCCCUCAGACGACUACAUUGGCUUCUUGCAAUACCAGAAGCAAAAGUGGAAGAUUCAAAAGCAGGCUCGCAUUCGAAGACGACAGCUUUUUGGAGACCGACGCGGCAACAACCAGAAUAACAUCCAAAACACAUUCAUGAAACAAGCCCACAUGACGUACAUGAGCAACUGGCAGCUGUUGCAUCUCAAGCCGACAGAAACUCCUGGUAUCGUCAACGCUCAUGUUCUCAUUGAUGCCAAGAUUCACUCGCUCAAGAUCAAGGUGCCGCGACAGGUGUUCUUGAACUUGAGAAGUGGCGAAAUGCCCGACGUUGAUAUCCCUGGCUGUGAGGUCGAGCAGGUCAACCACACGCUUCCGAAUGGUCACUCUUCCGUUCACCUCUUCAAGCUUACGGUUCCUGAGGACGUCUACUUCAAUGAGGCGGACAAGUUCUCGCUGCUGUUCAACCACCCCAGUGUCGAAGGCGUGUACGAGAAGCAUUUGCCGCUGAAUAUUCGGGCUGUGCUUCAACUGGGUAAUCUCUGCACCAUUGACGAACAGCAACAUGCAGUCCUCGGAAAGGGCCUGGAGCAAGGCUUCGAUCUAAGUGGUCUCAAGCGUCCCCUGAAGGCGAAGACCUAUCUUGAAACUUCACCCCUGGCAUACAUCUACGUCUCUCACGUCACUGCUGGCGACAAACAAAUCUUUGGAGUCUUUUCUACACUGAAGGACGAGGCACAUGUGAUCAUUCUGCAGAAGGGCAGAGACUCGGGCCAGGACCUCCCCAACAUCUCCCGAAUCUACACCGAGCUGCUUGCUCGACGAGGAGAAGAGGCGGAAGGCACGAACUGGCAGGAUUGCUUCACCUACCAGGAGAAGCUCAACUUCAAAAUCACCCAGGUCACGACAAGGCGAAAGGCGCAUUUGGAACUCAGCGACGUCGUCAAGAAGAUGAGAAAGGACGAGCUGCGACCACUCAUGAUGGUUAUCCAAUCAUCCCAGCGCAACAUGCUCAUCAAUGACGUUCCGAUUCUCGGCGAGUUUCCAGUACUGCCGCUUAAGUAUGAUGCUGCGGAUAGCUCCCUGCCGCCACUUGGCUGGCAAGCAGUCGUUGCAAGACGGCUUGUUGGACACUAUCUCGGUCUUGGCUCCUGGAUCUUGCAUCUCACUACACUCGCACGGUACGGAGAGGUUCCUCUCUGUAAUCUCGAGCGAGAGGACCCGCGCUUCCUCAUCGAUAUUGCCUAUGCUAGAAGGUUGCAGAACAACAACGUUGUCCUGUGGUGGUCCGCAAGCCCUCGUCCCGACCAUGCCGGUCACGAGAAGGAUGACAUUAUCGGCCCGCUCGAAACUGUCCAGAUGCCCUCAAUCAACAACCCUGGCACGUUCUCCUCGGUCUGCAUCGACUUGGAGGUCAGAAACCUAGCCAUCAACACCAUACUCACAUCCUCUCUUAUCAAUGAGCUGGAAGGCUCCGAGUCUAUUUCUUUCAAUCCUGCCGGAGAUGGUAACGCGGCUGGCGACGAAGUCAUCUCGUCAGAAGGCACGUUUGCCAACGCUGGUGUGUUGGUUCUCCGAGAGAUGGUGAAGAGUUGGUGGCAGGAGGCCUGCAAGGGCAACACCAUGGCCGAUGUCAUGGUUCAGCACCUGGUCCGUUGGGUCGAGAAUCCCGAUUCCUUCCUGUAUGACCGUGCUCUGCACUAUUACGUGCAGAUGAUGUCCAAGAAGGCCUUCCAACAGCUCAUGGCCGACUUCCGCCGAGUCGGCUCUCAGGUCAUCUUUGCCAACUCGAACCGCCUUUUGCUUCAGACGACCAAGGCCGAGGUCGGUACCGCGUAUGCCUACAGUCAGUACAUUAUCAAGUCGAUCAAGAGCAAGCCCCUCUUCCACUUCAUCGAUCUUGAGAUCAAGGAAUAUUGGGAUUACCUAGUAUGGUACGAUGAGUUCAACUAUGGCGGCAAAGCCUGUCAGGAGGUGGUGGAGGCAGAGCAGCAGACUCUCGACACCGUCAUGCACUGGCAAAUGGCGACAUUCCUCCCUAUCCGCCUGCAGCCCACUUUCCAGGACUGGGUCAUUGAGUUCAUCCAACUCAUGCACAACCUCAAGCGCCCUCAAGACGGAGACUUCUCCUCGACGCCACGCCUUACACAACUCCCGCAAAAGGCCCUUGCGGAGGGCGCACAGGGACAAAUCAUCCUAGGCAAAGUCUUUGAGAAGCCCCUGAAGAAGGACAUUGCCAACCUCGUCAACCUACAGAAGCGCGAGCUGCUCCACCCGGAGCUCGCGGAAGACUACUCCUUCCCCAAGCUCCCCGGCUCGCACCUUGCCCACCUGUCCUCGCGCAACGCCGUCCUCGAGCUCGUUAAGUCCCUGAUGCAGGUCCUCUCCCUCGACAAGAACAUCACCCUCGAAGCGCGCCUCCUGCGCAAGGAACUCCUCGCCAUGUUCGACGUGCGCGAGUUCAGCAAGGAAGGCGCCUUCCAGAACCCGAGUGAGAGCCUGAAGGUGAUCCAGCUCAGCUGCGACAGCUGCACCAUGGCGCGCGACCUCGACUUCUGCCGCGACGAGGACCUGUUGCCGGAGAUUGGGCCCGACGGGCGGCGGCUGGGACCGGAGACGAGGCCUUGGCGGUGUACGUUUUGCGAGGCCGAGUAUGAUCGGAAUGCGAUCGAGGAGACGUUGUUGGCGAGCGUGGAGGCGUUUGUGGUGGAGUGGACUACGCAGGAUCUCAAGUGCGGCAAGUGUGGCGCGUUGCGGAUGAAUGAGUUUAUGGAGCAUUGUACUUGUAGCGGGACGUGGGUUGAGAGUGUCAAGAGGGCGGAUAUUGUGAGAAGGCUGAGUGUGUAUUGGAGCGUGGCUAAGUUUUAUGGGUUGAGGAUGUUGUUGGAGGUUACGGAGGGGUUGAGGAAGGGUCUUUGA